CAAAACUUUCUGUAUAUUUGCCGAAAAAAGAUUUCCCUUUUUUAUUCUUUUGCUAUUUUCUUCAUAAUAAUAUAAAAAAUGAGUCGAGGAUCAGGUGCAGGUUACGAUCGUCAUAUUACAAUUUUCUCUCCUGAAGGUCGAUUAUAUCAAGUUGAAUACGCCUUUAAAGCCAUUUCAAACAGUGGCAUCACUUCUGUUGGUGUGCGUGGUCGUGAUGGAUGCGUUAUAAUUACUCAAAGAAAAGUUCCUGAUAAAUUAUUAGAUCCUUCUACUAUUACUCAUAUUUUUAAAUUAACGCCUAAAAUUGGAUGUGUCAUGACUGGCAUGAUUGCUGAUGCUCGUUCACAAGUUACAAGGGCACGUCAAGAGGCUGCUGAAUUCCGUUAUAAAUAUGGCUAUGAAAUGCCCACUGAUAUGCUUGCUAAACGUGUAGCUAAUAUUAACCAAGUUUAUACACAACAAGCUGCCAUGAGACCUUACGGUGUUUCAAUGAUUUUGAUUGGUUAUGAUGAUGAAUUGGGACCUCAAUUAUAUAAAUGCGAUCCUGCUGGAUAUUAUGUUGGUUAUAGAGCAACAGCAGCUGGUGCUAAACAACAAGAAGCAUUAAAUCAUUUGGAAAAGAAAUUGAAAAAGAAUCCUGAAUUGAAUAUGGAAGAUACCAUUGAGCUUGCAAUUACAACAUUAUCUACUGUGUUGGCAGUUGAUUUUAAGGCAUCUGAGAUUGAAAUUGGUAUUGUUCAUAAGGAUGAUACUGACUUCCGUACAUUAACCACUGAAGAGAUUGAUGAACAUUUACAAAGAAUUGUUGAGAAGGAUUAAAUUAAUUUAUAUUUUUUCAACUAAUAAACAAGAUAAAAAAAAGCAUACACGACUUUGAAGC